UUCGUGGCCUUUUCCAUUAUUCUCACGCUUGAGCUGAGGUCGCCUUCCAAUUUGUUCUUUUGAUUUUGAGCAAAUGGAUUCAGCUCUGCUACCGGGCUUUAGAUUCAAUUCUACUGAAGAAGAGCUCGUAUUUCAUUAUAUGAAGAGAAAAAAUAGUGGUAUCAAGGAAAAACUGGAUUUGAUUUCAGAGGCGUCUAUUUAUAAAUGCGAGCCUUGGGACUUGCCAGAGAGAUCUUUUCUGCCAAAGUGUAACAAACAGUGGUAUUUUUUAAGUCCUUGCGAUCGGAAGUAUCCCAGUGGUUCACUUGCUAAUAGGGCUACUGAAGCUGGGUAUUGGAGAACAACAAGAAGGUACCAGACAGUUCACUCUCGCUCAACUUCAACAAGAGUAAGGAAGACUCUGAGCUUCUAUAAGGGCAGACCUCCAUGUGGAGAAAAAACUGAAUGGAUGAUGCAUGAAUACCAUCUGGAUGAAAAGGAAUUCAAGAUAGGAGCUGGUUUGCAGAAUGCUUUUGUAUUAUGCCAUGUUCUCAAAAAGAAUGAACUUCCAGAAAAAAGUGGUGGAUUGCAAAGUGCAGAAAUUGAGAAGUGCGAUUCAUCUCCUAAAAAUAGAAAUCCCUCCUGCGAUGAAGACAAGUCUGAAGACAGGUCAAAACAACUAGAAGAGGUUCAAAUAUAUUCAAGUUUACCAAAUAUUGCAGAAGAUACUGCUGGACCUAAUAUGUGGUUAGGACCUGGCAAGGACACAAUUAAUCAACAGGUUGAUUCGAUGGCAAAUGGUUUACGAUCAAAUUGUGAGUUUGGAUGGCUUCCAUCAAACAACAAUGAGUUUCCACAAGUUCCAGCUGAUAUAAGCUUUACGAGGCCUGAAGAUACAGAUGGACAUUUGACUGGUGAAGAAAUGGAUGAGUAUAUUGACGAAGCAAAUAUCAUGGAGGAAAUUCUGCGUGCAUGUCAGGAUUCCCAGAAUUCUAAUAUGGAUCAUUCUUUCCCUCAGGAUAGCUAUGCUGACAUCUCGAAUGGUAAUUAUAUAGAACUUAAUGACUUUGAGAAUUGUGGUUCUUCCCUUUCGUUUGAUAGUGUAUUCAACAAUGGUAGUCCUGAAAUCCAAUUACGACCUCGCAGUCCAGCAUUGCAUAGUUAUCAGCAUGAUGUGUCAUCUGAAGGUACAUCCAAAAGAAGAGUUCGCAUAAAGCUGUCCAUAAAAUUGAAGCUUCAGCAGGACCAAAUGAAAAAUUUGUAACCACAAACAUCAAUUGUGCAUCAAGUUGUUGUUGGAUAAUAUGCUAUGCGUGCAUAUAAAAUUAGUAAUAUCAAAUAUGUAGUUGGAAUUUUUAGAGAGAUUCUAAAUUACUUUUUAGUGUUUCUUUUGGUAUAGAUAGUACUUUCUAUGUU